AUGCGCCCUCUGACCUCCAGGGCCGUCUGCCGCGCGCGCAGAGUCGCCGUCGCCCGCCCAUUGGCCCGCCGGCCCAUCCACAUCAGCGCCACUCCCGCCUCCACCACCCCGAGCUUUGAUCAGGAUGUCGCGGCCGCCUCUUCGACCGCAGAUGCCCGCUUCGAGGUCCUAGGCGCGCCCUACUCGCUCCUCUCCGUCUCGCUGUCCGCGUCGCAGAACCUGUACACCCGCCGCGGCACUCUUGUUGCCGUCAACGGCAAGGCCGAGAACACCGUCUCCACCCUCUCCCUCCUCGAGCCCUUCCGCCGCGCCGCUCUCGGCAUUCCCUUCCUCUACCAGCGGAUAAACUCAACCAGCCCCAUCUCCGCCCUAAUCUCCACCAAGUCGCCCAUCACCUCCUUCGCCGUCGUACACCUCGAUGGCAGGUUAGACUGGGUGGUUGCGCAACGACAGGCGCUGCUGGCGUGGACCGGCCACUCGCUGUCCGUCCGCCCAAAGAUCAACACCAAGAUGAGCUUGGCGCACUGGGGUAGCUCCCACGUCACGGGCCGCGGCCUGCUCGCUCUGGCCGGCCGAGGCCAAGUCUACCAGGUCCAGCUGAAGGCCGGCGAAGAAUACAUCGUGCACCCGAGCAACGUCCUCGCCUACACGAUGACGUCCGCCCCGCCCCAGCCCUACCGCUUCAAGUCGACCUCGCUGCGCCUCCAGAUCCCUUCGUUCGGCCUCGGCGCCCUCCUCCCCGCAAACACGGGCCUGGGCCGCUUCAUCGCCGAGAUGCGCAAAUCGGCGGCGUGGAAGACCCUCGCGCAGGGCAGCUUUACGCUGCGCACCUGGGCGCGCCGCACCGUGUGGGGCGACCGGCUGUUCGUGCGCUUCCAGGGCCCGACGACGCUGCUGCUGCAGUCGCGCGCGGCGCGCCUGUCGGACUCGCUGACGACGCGCGACGUCAAUGAGAUUGCGGACGCGCCGGCGGGCGUCGUCGCUGAUGCGCUGCAGGCUGGUGCGAGGAAGGAGUCUGGACAUGGUUCUGCGGUGGGGGAGGUGGCGAAGGAUGAUGGUAAGAGCGAGGAGGGGCAUGCUGCUACGUUUGCUAGUGUGGACAAGGAUGGCAAGGUCUCGUUUGAGAGGAAAUGA